AUGCCCUACGAUCCUUGGCGAGAUCCUAUACAGGUUACCUUCGAAAACCAUUUGCGUCAAGUCGCUGUGCUCUUGAAGGAGAAUCACCUCGAUGGACCGGAACGAGAGCAAUCAAUAUACCGACCUCUGAUGCAGAUAUUCAGCUACAUGUGUUUGGCCCUCUCGACGAACUUGACAUCUGCCGAUCAGGGCAUACCUAGGUUUCUCUCGGUCUGCCCUCAGGGCCCAGUUUACGCCCAUUACCCGUCGGUAUCUGCUUCUGCGAUCCCAACUCUGCCUGAGUCUGAGCUUGUACAGCGCAUCAAGGAGGAGCCUCGCAAGCGAAAGCCGAGGAAAGUAAAUCUGGAUGAAGUAUACUUCAGCUUAGACAGAAACAUGUACGGCACCUUUUUCGGGACCGAGGCCGUGACUGAGACCGAAAGUGAGACUGAGACCGAAAGUGAGAGCGAGCGUGAGUCCGAGGCCGACAGCGACAACAGUAGCGAGGAAGAGCUUCAAGACGAAUACGAUCAAGAGGCCGAUGUAUCUGAUCAAGUGGCCGAACGAUCCGAGUCUGAAACCUCUUUUGACAUCUCUGCCCUUGAAAUUGCGUCCUCCAAUCCCUCGGCUCCACCCCAAUCACCCGCGCGCAUCGUGGACUUCACUAUUCAUGUUAACGACUACACAGCACAAACUUCCAGUGUUGUCGUCGGUACUGUCGAAGGUAAACUAUUUCCAGUGGAGCUUGCCUCCCAGGUCAUGAACACACGGAAGCUUGCCGCCCAAGAGAUGAAGAAGAUGCUCCCGCAGGUUGUGCAACAAGUACAAUUCGUGUUUCACGAGCAUGAACAUAUCACCGAUCUCGUUUCAUUCCUCUUCGUCAACUCUUAUUGCAAGACUCUCAGGUUCAGACGUGAUCGGGUUCCUGCGCUUGACUUGGACAACAUCCCUCGUGAUGGGUUUGCCUUCCCACAGGAUUCCCUCAGAUCAAUCGAGUGUAUCCCAGAAAAGGCCACUCGUACGGAGCUCUACCCUGUGAUAACCAAGAAGGGCAACUAUGAUAAUAGAUUCAAGGCAGCGUUUAACAGAGUCGUGGAUCUUGCGCGCAAGGUGUAG